AAUCGCUAUUCAACGCAUAUGUUGGUUGGUUUGACUGUAUAAACCACACAGAAAAGCCAAAAAAAUUCUAGAUAAAAAUGCAGACACAUAUGCUGCAGAACCAGUGAAGCCUGAAGAAACCAAAAACUUUAUUUUUUGAAAAGGGGGAGCGAAGAAACCCAAAAAAAAAAACACAGCUGAAGGAUUUCCUUUUUACAAAAUGUAGUCAUUUGAGAAUGAAAAAUGUGCAGUUGCAAUCUAGCUUUUUCAAGGAGAACAGGGGACUGCUACAUACUUCAAAUGGGUCGAGGCUAAUUGUCAAUCUUCCAAUUUAAGAAUCUGAAAAUAACUUUCAUUUAGUAAUGGAGUAUAUGAUGGAGAAAUGAUGUCUUUCCCUAAUUGAGAAAAUUGUACAGACAUAAUUGAAUCAACUAAAAACCUUCCAUCAUUUCUAGCACACAAUUAAAGCCAACAAUGCUUGCCAAGAUAGCUUUCGCUGCCUCGAGGAAUCGAAGGCUAAUUCCGAUUGAAUAUCUCUUUCUUACUUCUUAACUAGGAUGGCGCAUGAGUACUCAUUCUGUUAAUUUGUCGUGCACUCUCUCAAUACAUUCAUGGAGGAUGGACCUCAGAUAUGCGAUGCGAGUGGAACAACAACAACAAUAGUAGGAGAUCAAAGAGGCACCAGCAACAGCAGCUUCGGCUGUGAUGAUUGGAGCAAUGCCUGCUCAACUUCUGGGCUUGAGAAUACUAAUGGAGUAUUUGUUGGUCAUCACUCAGCUGGGCCUUCACUCCCUUUUGAGGAACAGCAGCAGCUGCCACCAUCGAUCUGCCAAUUCCUCUCAUCAUCAUACUCAUGUUAUAAUCCAUCCUCCUCGUCAUGCCAGCCGGUCAUGACAUCGACCACUCUUCUCCAAUCCAUGGGAGGCAACGAUCACCAUCCGUCUUAUCUCCUCGAUGGCUUCCCUACUUUCUGCCCUUCCAUGCCCCUAAUGUCGCCACAGCCACCACCGGAGAACGGCACCAGCUGUCAUGACGCCAACCAGCCAUCGCAGAUGCUGGCCACGGAUGAGCAAGCGGCGGCGGCUCAUCACCAGCAAGAUCCAAGCACCAUUGCUAAGAAGCGAGAGGAAAGGGACAGGGCCAAGCAAAGGUACAACGAGAAGAAGAAGAACAGAAAGUUCUGCAAGCAGAUUAUGUACGCCUCCCGCAAAGCGAGGGCGGACACGCGGAAGCGGGUCAAGGGCAGAUUCGCAAAGGCUAGCAAUGAACACCAACACAUACUACACUCAGAUGCAGCAUAAAUUCAUAAGCGAUUAGGUCGAUUUUUUCGUUCUUUUUCUCCUUUUUUCCAUUCGUUUUGCAUAUAGACAGUGCAUAUAUACACAAAAAAGCAAACAUUUUUUGUAGUUACAUCUUCAUUUUUUUAUGUAUAGUCAAUCAUGCCUAGGUAGACCACUCUUCUCCACACCACACAAAUACAGUAUACAUAGCUCUAAAUUUGUGGAGAAGGCUGUUGCACCUUAGAUCUUAGCCCUUUUCUCAGUUUUUCUUUUGGCAUUUCUUCUUUCCUUUUUGAUAGUUUUGUGUUCAUUCUUUUUACAGAGAUAGUUUUGGGACACAUUCUUCUUAGGGAGGUAGUUAUAGGAACUGGUACCAAGGUGUAAUAAUUCAACCCUGCUUGUCUAUGUGCACGUACAUUAUUCUAUCUUUGGCCCGAAUAAAUAGAAUAAUGUAUUUUCGUAUGUUGUCAAUGCUAUGUUAUUUUUAUGUUCAAAAGAAAUUCUAUGCUAUUUUGGUGAUUGUAUUC